AUGGCUGGGGUAGAUGCUAAAGAGCCUCCCAAGAUACCUGAAGGGGAUAUGGAAGUACUGAAGGCUGCUGUUGGGGAAGGAAACCUCAUCAAAGCAGCUGCUAAAGCGAAAGAGGCUCUGGAGAUGGUUGAUAAAAUCACUGUCAACAUCGCUGUCACGGGGCAGGCGGGCUCUGGAAUAUCGUCCUUUGUCAACGCCAUCCGGGGCCUGAAGGACAGAGAUAAAGGUGCUGCUGCAAUAGGGGUCACUGAAACAACAAUAGAGCCCACUCCUUACCGACACCCUGAAUAUCCAAAUGUAACAGUCUGGGAUCUGCCAGGGAUCGGGACCCCAGAUUUUAAAUCACACACGUACCUCGAGAAGAUGGAGUUCAGCCGCUACGACUUUUUCAUCAUCAUCUCCAACCCCCGCUUGACAUACCACGACAUUAGCCUCGCCCAGAAGAUCCAGAGACAGAGGAAGAAGUUUUACUUUGUGCGCUCCAAGGUGGACCAGGAUUUGACAAAUGAGAAUGAUUCCUGUGACAAGGAGGGAACCUUGAAGCAGAGCAAUGCUCCCGCGAACAAGCCACAUCAGUACUGUGAGAGUGAGAUCCUCAGUGCCAUCAGAGAGAACUACAUCAAGGGGCUGGAAGCAGGAGGGGUGGCCUCCUCACGGGUUUUUCUUGUAUCUAAAUGGUACUUGGGCAAGUACGAUUUUCCCAAAUUGCAGGAAACGCUAGUGGAUGAGCUCCCCAGUCACAAGAGACGCGCUGUUCUACGGUCCCUGUCCAACAUUGUUAAAGAAACUUUGGAGAAGAAAAAAGAACAACUGCAAGCACAGAUAUGGAUGAAAAGUCUGGUGUCAUGCGGAGUCGCUGCUGUUCCUAUCCCGGGUCUCUCCACUGUUUGUGAUGUUGCCAUGCUGGUGACGUCCCUGAAAGGGUUCUGCAGGGACUUCGGCCUUGAUGAAAAGUCUCUUGCUGUACUUGCUAGGCAGGCUAACAAGCCCAUUGCAGAGCUGAAGGCCAUUAUAAAGUCCCCAUUGAGCGAGGAAAUAACAAAAGAUCUUGUAAUUACGCUACUGACCAAGUGCGGUGCUGGGGCAGUGCAAUACUCAACAAUGUUAUUAAAAUUUAUACCCGUGGUAGGUGCUGUGGUAGGUUCUGUGGCAGCUGCAGCAGUUGCUCUCCCUACCACAAAGAUCAUGUUGCAGAAUUUCCUGGAUGCUGCUGCUGCUGACGCUGCCCGAGUUCUGGAGGUGGUUAUGGAGGAAGCCAUGUCAAACUUAGAGAAAAAGCACAAAAACACCCGCACCCCGUGA